AUGAAUCACACCAAAUUAUGCAAGGCAGGGGCAAUGUUCAUAUUCCUGACAUAUCUUGGGUUGCACACCGACAUGUUGUACCGUCUGCAACAAUGUGAUUUCUAUUCAUUUCGGUCUGUUCUGUUUCCUUCAUUAAUUUUCUUUUAUUCUACGGUUACUGUGCCUUUAUUCAUUGCUUUCGAUUUCUCCCAUUCUCUCUCUCUCUCUCUCUCUCUCUCUCUUGCUCUAUCUAUCUAUCUAUCUAUCUAUCUAUCUAUCUCUUAUAUCCUAACUUUUUUUACUUCACUUUCUUUCUCCUUCACUUUCUUUCUCUCGUUCUCUUAUAUGCUACCUUUAUUUCUUUCGACUGUUUUCUAUCAUUCGACUUCUUUUCAUUUAUUCACUUUACGCUUUCCUCUCUCUCUCUCUCUCUCUCUCUCUCUCUCUAUUUCUUUCUUUCUUUUUUAUUUCUCUUUCUCUCUAUCGCUCUUCACAUCCCUCUUUCUUCCUUCCUCUCUCUUUCUCUCUUUCUCUUAUAUGCUACUUUUACUUCUUUCCACUGUUUUCUAUCAUUCGGCUUGUCUCCAUUUCUUCACUUCAAUAUUUUCUCUUUCUCUCUUUCCCCCCUCUCUCUCUCUUUUCUCUUUUCUCUUUCUAUUUUCUCUCUCUAUUUUUUCUUUCUUUUCUUUCUUUAUUUUUCUUUUUCUUUCUUUCUUUCUUUCAUUCUCAUCAUAUGUGCUGCCUUUACUUCUUUCCACAGUUUUGUAUUAUUCGACUUCUCUCCAUUUCUUCACUUCCUGCUUCUCUCUCUCUCUCUCUCUCUCUCUCUCUUUCGCCCAAGCCACUGUAACCAAAGUAUGUUCAACAUUUCUAUUUCUAUUCAUUUCUGUCUGUUCUGUUUCCUUCAUUAAUUUUCUUUUAUUCUACGGUUACUGUGCCUUUAUUCAUUGCUUUCUAUUUCUCCGUAUCUCCCCCUCUCUCUCUCUCUCUCUCCCUCUCUCUCUCUCUCUCUCUUAUAUCCUAACUUUUUUUACUUUACUUUCUUUCUCCCCCGCCUCUCUCUCUCUCUCUCUCUCUCUCUCUCUCUCUCUCAUUCUUUCUUUCUCUCGUUCUCUUAUAUGCUACAUUUAUUUCUUUCGACUGUUUUCUAUCAUUCGACUUCUUUUCAUUUAUUCACUUUACGCUUUCCUCUCUCUCUCUCUCUCUUUCUCUCUCUCUCUUUCUUUCUUUUUUAUUUAUCUCUCUCUCUCUUUCUCCGUAUCGCUCUUCCGACCUCUCUUUCUUCCUUCCUCUCUCUUUCUCUUAUAUGCUACUUUUACUUCUUUCCACUGUUUUCUAUCAUUCGGCUUCUCUCCAUUUCUUUACUUCAAUAUUUUCUCUUUCUCUCUUCCCCCCCUCUCUCUCUAUUUCUCUUUUCUCUUUCUUUCUCUCUCUCUAUUUUUCUCUUUCUAUAUUUUCUUUCUUUCUUUCUUUCUUUCUCAUUUUCAUAUGUGCUGCCUUUACUUCUUUCCACAGUUUUGUAUUAUUCGACUUCUCUCCAUUUCUUCACUUCCUGCUUUUCUUUCUCUCUCUCUCUCUCUCUCUCUCUCUCUCUCUCUUUGGUCUCUUUCUAUUUCUCUUUCUUUAUUUAUUUUUCUCUCUUUCUCUUAUAUGCUGCCUUUACUUUCCAGUUUUCUCUCAUUCAAUUUCUCUUUAUUUCUUCACAUCAGUCUUUUCUUUUUCUCUCUCAUUCUCCCUAUCUUUGUCUUUCUUUUUCUCUUUCUUCCUUCGUCUCUCUUUCUCUUUUUCUCUUAUAUGCUGCCUUUACAUCUUUCCACUGUUUUCUAUCUUUGCAUUUUUUCUUUUCUGCUUCCUUCUCUAUUUACCUUCUUUCUUUUCUCUACUUCUCUUAUAUUUUUUCUCUGA